AUGAUUGGUUCUAGUGAGCUUUUGAACAUUGCUUCAUUGAUAAGUUUUUCUACGAAUUCAGUUGAAGAUAGACUUUUGAACAUUGAAAAUAAGUUUUAUCUACCUGCCACAGAUAAUGCAGAUACUGAUACUUUUGCUGUUACUAUAAGUUCUACAAACGCUACAGUGAAUGAGAUUAUUACAAAGGUUGGAGAUUUCAAUUAUGGCUCGAUUGAAAAAAUUCAUUCAAAUCCUAACAGAAUCUUCAUGCCUCUAAUUAAAUAUGAUGAUGUUGGUAUCUAUCAAGUGGAGAUUAUUACAUUGGUGAGUUCAAAGAUGGUAGAUUAAAUGGAUAUGGCAAAUAUUAUUGGAAGGAUGGAAGGAUUUAUGAAGGCUAAUGGGUAAAUGAUAAUAUGGAAGGGUUAGGAUUGCAUAAAUGGAGUUAAGGUGAUUAUUACUAUGGAUAAUGGAAGAAUGAUUAGGGAUAAGGAGUAGGAGUAUUCAAUUACAAGAAUGGAGAUAUCUAAGUUGGCUAGUGGAAGAAUAAUACAUAGCAUGGAGUAUUGA